AUUCUCCAAAUAUACCAAGACACGUUAAUAAUAUGUUGCCUAGUGUCAAAUGCCAAAAUGUAUGUUGACAGUACGACCACCCUUUGUAAAAUACAUUAGCCUUGACCAUAGGUCUGACUACAUUUUCUCUUUUAAAUAUUUAUGAAAUCCAUUACAAUGCGAGUUUAAUUUUAAUUAUUUAAGUCGAGUUGAUACGUACAGUUGAAUUUUUAAUCUAUGGUAUAGUUUCUUAGUGUAAUUAAGACAGGAACUUUAUAUCGAAAAUAUGGUGCAGGUAGAAGUAUAUACUGUAAAAAAUAAAAAACUUGGAGAUAUUUCUAUAACAAGAAGCACAAAAGUAAAUGAGAUUAAAAAUGAAAUUGCAAAAAUCUCAAAACUUUCUGUAGACCGACAGUCCGUAAGAUCAGAUAUAAAAGGAAAAGAUAUAAAGAAUGAGGAUUCAAUUCCAGAUAUUGAAAGUACAAGAAAAAUAUUUGUUAAAGAUUUAGGACCUCAAAUUGGGUGGAACACAGUAUUUUUGCUGGAAUAUGCAGGACCUCUUGUUCUUUAUGCCGUAGUUGCUUGUAGACCUUGGAUUCUUUAUGGAGAGCUUGCUUACAAUCCAACAUUUACUACUACAGCAAAGAUUGCUUUAGCAUGUUGGUCAAUUCAUUAUUUAAAGAGAGUUUUAGAAACAUUGUUUGUUCAUCGAUUUUCACAUGGAACAAUGCCUAUCAGAAAUCUUUUCAAAAACUGUGGUUAUUAUUGGGGUUUCUGUAUCUAUGUUGCUUACCAUGUAAACCACCCUUUAUUUACACCACCACCGAUUAUUUUACAGGCAAUUGGACUAGGUUUGUUUGCUUUAUGUGAAGGUGGAAAUUUAGCUACUCAUGUACUACUCAGGAAUCUCAGACCUGCUGGUAGUACUGUAAGAAAAAUUCCUAAACCCGACAGUUGUCCUCUUAACUUGUUAUUUAAUUACGUGUCAUGUCCAAACUACACAUAUGAAGUUGGUUCCUGGAUUGGUUUUACAAUUCUCACUUCUUGCCUGCCAGCUGCCAUAUUUACUUUUGCCGGAUUUUAUCAGAUGGCAGUAUGGGCUUUAGGAAAGCAUAGAAAUUAUAAGAAAGAAUUUUCAGACUACCCCAAACAAAGAAAAGCAAUAAUUCCUUUCAUUUUAUAAGAGGUGUUUAGGGUGAAUAUUUUUGUUCUUACAUUAAUUUGGGGAAGUGGAUUAAAUCAAUUGUUUUUUAUGUCUAUUCAAAUAAAAUUAUUUUAAAGAAA